AUGGGAAUUUUCCCCUCUGAAUGGAAAAUUGCUAGAGUUAUACCGCUUCAUAAGAAGGGUUCACGCUCCGUUUUAGACAAUUAUAGGCCAAUAUCAAUUUUGCCGGUCAUCAGCAAAAUAUUUGAAAAGAUCUUGUAUGAGCAGUUAUACGAAUAUUUUACCACAAAUAAUUUAUUGUCUGAACAGCAGUUUGGGUUCAGGCGCUUUCAUUCCACGUCCACUGCUUUGCUUGAAUGUACUGAUGAGUGGUAUGUUAAUAUGGAUCGUGGUUUGUAUAAUCUUGCCGUUUUUCUCGAUUUAAAAAAAGCAUUUGACCCGGUAAACCACGACAUUUUACUGGCUAAACUAGAGUUAUAUGGUAUUAAGAACACGCCUCUUAUGCUUCUCAAAUCGUACUUAUCAGAUCGAUCUCAGAAAUGUCAAGUAAAUGGGGAACUUUCCACACUAAAAUAUCUAAAAUAUGGCGUUCCCCAGGGUUCAAUUUUGGGUCCACUUCUGUUUUUAAUUUAUAUCAAUGAUUUGCCGAAUUGUUUACAACACUCUACAGCACGCAUGUUCGCCGACGAUACUAACAUCACAGUGUCCGGUAAAUCAGUUAAGGAAGCGGAGGUGGCCGUUAAUGUCGAUCUCAAUAAUAUCAGAGAAUGACUUCUAUCGAACAGGCUCUCUCUUAACCUUGUCAAAACGGAAUAUCUUUUGAUUGGAUCACGCCACAAUAUUAACACGUUAGAAGAACAACCGCGUGUUUUUAUUGGAGAUGAACCAAUUAAAGGGGUUCAAGUUACAAAAACUCUUGGAGUCAAAAUUGAUCAAUUUUUAACUUGGGACAGUCAUAUUGACCAAAUUUCUAAAAAAAUAUCUUCUGGAAUAAGUGCCAUGAAAAAGAUAAAGGAUUUCACUAAUUCUGAUACUUUGAAGUCGGUCUAUUAUGGUCUUGUCCAACCCCAUUUCGACUACUGUUGUGAAGUUUGGAAUUCCAUUAAUAGAGGCCAGUCUGAACGACUACAAAAACUUCACAACAGAUGUGCUAGAAUUAUAAUGAACUUUAAAGAUGAGCCUGGGCAAUCUCAACUGGCCCUCGAUCAAUUAGGGUGGAUAAGCUUGGAAGAAAGGCGAAAACAUAAUAUGGCCCGUCUCAUGUUUAAGGUUGUCAAUAAUUUGGCACCAUCGAGGUUCUCAUCAAUGAUCCAGAAUUCUAACCAUAUCCACAGUUAUAAUUUACGAGGUUCAAAUUCGUCUCUCUUUCUGCCACGACCAAAUACCGAGUAUGGCAGAAAAUGUUUUCGAUAUAGUGGGGUUAAAAUCUGGAAUAGCAUUCCUGAACAAGUAAGAAACAGCGAAUCUUUAAAUUCUUUCAAUAGAAAUAUUUCCUCUGUUAGUCUGACGAAUUAGCUAUUUGGUUUUGUAUACCAUUUGUUUUGUAAUAUGUAUUUGUAUUCGUAGUUCUUAAUUUUCUUAGUGAUUUUGUAUUUUAUAUAUUUUUGUAACAUUUAUCUACGCCCCACUUGGAAAGCAGCUAUGGUUGAAGUGGCCAGCGUAGUCAAAUAAAGUUUUAUCCUUAUCCUUAUGUAAGGGAAUUGAUUCAGGCCGCGUUUACACUACGACGCUACGGCAAAUUUACCGUAACUAUAGUGAUUUGCAUCCGGAGUGCCAAACGUGGUGGUCCGUAGUUAAUGCGCUACGGCAAAUGAAGACGUCUAGAGUUGGCCAUCAUUUGCCGCCUAUUAAAUGAGUGAUAUUUUUCAUACGCUGGCAUAUAUACGCUAGUACGAUACGCAAUAGUGUGACAGGGCCUUAAGAAACGUAGUGAAUUUUUAACGAUAUUGAUUUCCGCAGUUAAUACGCUACGGCAAACCACUCCGUUAUAGUGUAAACACAACAUAGUCUCAAUACUAGAAACGUAGUAAAUUUUUAACGGAGUGUUUAGCCGUAGCGUCAUAGUGUAAACGCGGCCUCAGUGUUUAUAACACUCUGUCAGUUCCCUCAAAUAUUUCAGUCGAACAAAUCUUUCAAAACCUAGAAUUUUACCUAUGCAAAAUUCCUACUGUGACCACAGAAACUUUGAUAGUAUAAAUCAGCCUUUAAAACAGACAGUCAAAUAAUGUAUGAUUUUUGAAUCUACGAAGUAGAUUAUAUGCUAUCGACGUGUUAGCCGUUCACUGUUAACUUAGCCAAUCAGCGACCAGUAUUACCAAAAAUUACGUAAUUACAAAUCACGGCUUGGUCGCGAGACAAUCACAAUAUGGCGGUAAAGAGGGGUUAACAUUUAUGAUUUAUAUUUAUUCACACAUUGAAAUAUGAUGACUUAUGGAUGAAAAUGGAGCGAAUCAAGGUAUAUUAAUCUUGGAACUACGUGUCUGUUUUGUAGUAGCUUGCUUGCUGUACAUUUUUCAGCAAUUUACGAGAUAAUACGUAUUGGUUUUCGAAGCGUCUUCCACUUGUGUUUCCUAUUUGGAGUCAUCUGGACACUUAACACAUCUGGACACUAUGAAGGCGAAAUUUGGUAAAAUAUGAGCUACAGAAUUAUUUUAAAGUAUAACAACUGGCGAAGAAGUAAGCCACUAAGGUUUUGAGUGUUUGACAAAUAAAGGGGGAAGCUGGUCAACUCGGCCCACUGACCAACUCGGCCCAUACCAUCUUGGCCCAAUUGUUAACUACUGUUUGACAUAUUAGGAAAGCUAAUAUUUUACAAAAGAUAGCACCAAACCAAUACAGCCAUUUGCAGUUGCAUUGAACAUCCAGUUUGAUUUAAUUUAAUUAAAGAAUCUAUCGAAGUUUCAAAUUCUCGAUCUGUCCGUUUUGAUAUUAAAUUACCGAUCAUUCAAAUCUCUCUCGAAAUUUACAAAGAUAGAACGUAGUCAUGGCUCCUAGCUUGCUUAAUGGUUAGAUUAGUCAGUUUACAAGCGGGCAGAGUUGGUCUUUGAACGGUGGGCCGAGUUGGUUAUUGGACCGAGUUGACUGUAAAGCAAUAAAGGGUUAUAAAGCUGAUUGCGCGUUCUAAGUCUGUAUCAUGCAGCGCCGAUUCUCACUCCUGCUUACAGUUUCUCAUAUGAAACAAUUAUGUUAAGUACAUAAAUACACAGCGUAUAUUAAUAUUGUUGGGCUCAUCGCGCACUUUCAUUGAGUGCCAAUGUUUAAUUUUUGGGACGUAACUCUCCAAGAUGUUGCUUGUGAUGUUACUCUGAGUGUAUAUCCACACCAGGCAGGCUUGAAAAAUAUGCCUGGCCACCGUGGGAAUCGAACCUACGACCUUUGGAAUACUAGCCCAAUGCUCUGCCAACUGAGCUACGCGGUCAGGUCGGUUCGAGUAUGUGACAUUUCGGAACCGAAUCUAGUUCCUUCAAUAUCUCCAAGAUGUUGUUGUUAGAAUUCCGAAAUGUAACACGAUCCGAUAUGAAGUCUGUGCUCAUGUCGAAUAUUAUUUCACUCAAUGUAGACACAAAUACACAAUAAAAGUGCAACAGUGAUGUAUUUAUGCGUGAUUCUUGUUCGCGUUUAACUACAUAUUGUACUUAUCCUGUCUCUGUUUCAACAUAUCAUUUACGAACAAUUGAAAAUACUUUAUUUAUUAAUUAUAUUCUGAUGUGUUUCAUAAUAUCGUGUUUUACGGCAGGAGCAUUGGCCUUAUAUAGGUCAGUGGGCAGGAGUUCACGAAUUCAAAACGCGUUCGGAUUCUGCACGCAUAAGACACAGUUACUGUGGGUUUUUACUACCAUUGUACCAACGAUGGAUUUGUUUAAGUGUGCUAUUAAGUAUCGUCCUACAAUUAGAAUUGUAAAUAUUUUAAUGUGGAAUAACCGUUUUAGCGCAAAUUACUGGUAUAUCAAUAACCUGUUUAUGCACGCAUAUAUUAUUUUCUGAUUAUGUUCUUGACUACCUAGUGCUUGGCGGCCAUUCACUUUCUAAAGUUGUCGAUUGGCUAUUGGGUAGGGUGGGGCAACGAUUUAUUGCUAUUCGUAGAUUCAUGUACGCGUAGCGUACCUAUUUUUGCUCCAUGUUAAGAAAAUAACUGAAGUGAACUUAAUUUUUGGCGAUUUUAUUCAGUUCACAACACAAGAGCCAGUUUAUGUUCAAUCCAAUCAUGAUCUUGGAUCGUGCGAUGAAGAGAACUACGGCCGACGUGAAUUGAUUAAAGACAGUGAUGGCAACGAAACACUCCUCAUUUGCUCUCACGACAACGGUGUUUAUUCAUGGAAAGAAGACGCUAUGGAAACGGAAAGUACGAUAGUUUCUGUUUUAAGUUCUUUGAAUGUUUGUAUGGCAGCGAUAAAAGUUGUGGCUUGUGAAAAACACCAUUUAUAUUUAUUAUUGCAAAGCAUUCGGAUCCGUAAGCCUCCGUCCUUGAAAUGUAGAGCCAAGCAUAAAGGCUGAUUUUACACUAUCAAAGCUUCUGUGAUUACAGUAGGAAUUUUGCAUUGGUAAAUUCUAAGUUUUAAACAAUAUGAAGAAAUUUUUGAAGGAACUGACUCGGUGCUGUUUCUUGUGACUGAGUACAACUUCGGAAGGCUAUUAAUUUUAUUCAUUAUUCUGAAAAAAGUGACAACCAGAUCAUAUAAUAUCAUUUGUAGUUGAUGAUACGGAUCAUGUUAUGGAAGAUGUCAUGUUGAAGCGUGAAGCAGCCACAGAAUUCUUCCAACGUGAUCGUCGCGGCAGUUUGCUUCAUGAAUGCUAUACGGAAUGCUGCAGUUGGGAGGAAGUUCGUGAAAAUUACGGAAAUGACAGAAGGAAUGCAGUACGUUUGACUUCAGGCCUUUUUCACUGGAUUUGAACGAAUCUAAAACUGGGGCGCCCUCCUCGCACCCUUGGCGACCUUUAAAUGUGUGACCCUUUGUGACCCUUUAAAAACGUGUCAUCUCAAGGAUUGUAAUUAAGCUACACAUGCAUCCAAUCCAAGCUGUAUCAAUAAAAUAUACUCUUUUUUAAUAUUUUAGAUAAAAUAUUGGAAUAAAUUCCGAAUGUGGAAGAAAAAGAAUAAGAAUAAGUGCAAACACGUAAGGAUUAGUAAUUUUUAGAUCAUAACUAAAAGUGAUGCCAUACUAUGAAGUUUCUAAAAAACUCGGCAAUGAAUUUGAACACCUUUUAGUGGCCAAUUUUAGCUGUUGACUACAGACAAUUUUAAAUCCAUAUUUGAGCGGACGCGUUGUUAUUAUCAGUUUGCAAUUUCACUUUAAUAAGACUGUUUAAUUAAUUAAAUGGUAUGGCAAUAAAAAUUAAAUUUAUCUUGUUUGAUAGAACUUUUAAAAUGAUAUAUAAAACUCCUUCACCGAUUUUUCAUAUCUUGCUCGAGUUUUGAAAUAUUUAACUGGAAACAAUGGGCUGUGCGCCAUCUUGGAUUUAGUUCGAUCUCAUGAACGGUGUUUCUGGUGACGUCAAAAGCAGGGUUAGUCAUAUAAAACUACUCCUAGGUGACCAAAUAACAACUAGUACACAGAUGCCUAUGUCAGUCAAUUUCGGUUAUUUCGGAAAUAGUGGCCGAAAUAUCAUUUAUGGCUUAUAUAAUGACAUUUAUGCAAUGCAUAUCCGCAAUAAUCCAAGAUGGCGGGCAGCUCACUGAUUUCUGAAGAUUGUGGUCUAAAUAUUUCGAGAACUAUAUAAGCAACAUUUCAAGAAGCUGUAAAAAAGGUUUUCCCUAUAAUUUUAAAAGUUCUUUCCUAUGAGACAAAUUUAUAUUGCCAUUUUCCUUUAAGCUAGAAACUAAUAACUGAGAAUACAAAUGCGAGGAGUAUCAGUAUGUACUUGCGUGUCUUGUCUUAUUUUUUACAGAGAAGAUGGACGUGGUGA